AGCUGCUGAGCGCCGGCCCCACGGAGCCCUGGUCCAUCCGCGAGAAGCUCUGCCUGGCCUCGUCCGUCAUGCGGAGCGGGGACCAGAACUGGGUCUCAGUCAGCAGAGCUAUCAAACCUUUUGCAGAGCCAGGACGCCCACCUGACUGGUUUUCCCAGAAGCACUGUGCAUCUCAGUAUUCAGAGCUCUUGGAAACUACGGAGACCCCUAAGAGAAAACGUGGUGAGAAGGGAGAAGUUGUGGAAACUGUGGAAGAUGUUAUUGUGCGGAAACUGACUGCAGAACGAGUUGAGGAGUUGAAGAAAAUUAUUAAAGAAACACAGGAGAAAUACAGGCAACUCAAGAAGGAUGCAGAGCUGAUCCAGGCUGGACACAUGGAUAACAGACUGGAGGAGCUGUGCAAUGAGAUUAUGAUAAAGAAGAAAAUGGAGGAGGAGGAGGCAGAAGUCAAGAGGAAGGCUACAGAUGCUGCUUACCAGGCUCGUCAGGCCAUUAAGAAUCCGCCACGACGAUUAACGGGUGUGAUGGUUCGCUCCCCUGCAGGCUCAACCUCCCCAGGGGGAGAGUAUGCUCUGGGAGAUCUGUCUCAGCCUGCUGUGGACGAGGCCAGUCCAGGGGUCAUUCCAGGGACAUUGCCCAGCACCCCAGUUGCCUCCUUCAUUGGAAUCCCUGACACCCCUCCAGGCUCUGCUCCCCUGGAUGCCCCCAUGACCCCAGUCACUGAUGAUUCACCCCAGAAAAAGAUGCUAGGACAAAAAGCAACUCCGCCUCCUUCCCCUCUGCUCUCAGAGCUGCUGAAGAAGGGCAGUCUCCUGCCCACAAGCCCCAGGCUGGUCGGUGAAAACGAAAUGGCAGUGGCUUCUGGUCACAUGAACAGCUCAGGAGUCCUGCUGGAGGUAGGAAGCGUCCUUCCAGUGCUGCACAGUGGGGAAAUGCAGUCGGCACCUGGUGCUGUCCCUGCAUCUCCUGCUGCUUCAGAGCCUGUGUCCCAGGCAACCAUUGUCAUGAUGCCCACGCUGUCAGCACCAUCCGUUGUGCCACCAGCUGCAGCUCCAGAAAGCGUACCCACAGUGAGCCAGCCAGAAGCCUGUGUUUCCAUGGAGGCAGUGUCUGAUUCCCAUACCGUGACAGUGUCCAUGGACAGCAGUGAAAUAUCCAUGAUCAUUGAUUCCAUCAAGAAAGAGUGCCUGGGUUCUGGGGCUGGCAGCACUGCAGGGUCUUCCAAAGAUCACUGCAUGGAUGGGAAAGAAGACCUGGAUUUGGCUGAGAAAAUGGAUAUUGCAGUGUCCUACACGGGGGAAGAGCUGGACUUCGAUACUGUUGGAAAUAUUAUAGCCAUCAUUGAGGACAAGGUAGACGACCACCCUGAAGUCCUGGAUGCAGCAGUUGUUGAAGCUGCUCUGUCUUCUUUCUGUGAAGAUACCGAUGACCCUCAGACCCUGCCUGGCCCAUGGGAACACUCAAUUCAUCAGGAGCACGAGAAACAGGCCCAGAUACCCCAAGUGUCUGUGACUGUGAAGCAGGAGAGACUGGAGUGUGAGGAGCCAGAGGCAAAGGGAAUUCGAGACCUAAUGGGCAUUGGCGAGCUGGGAUCAGAAGUAAAGACAGAACCUGCAGAGCAGGAGCAGAAUCAGCUGGGCCCUGAGGAAACCAUACCAGCAACUGCAAGAGUGACAGAAUCACCAGAGCUUAGAAGUCAAGAUAUAGAAGAGGAUCAAAGAGCAGCUGUAGCAGCAGGAGAGUCUUCUGAAACUGAGAUAGAAUUGUCCAAGGGAGAAGACACAGUGCACAAUACAGUGAAGACAGAGACCCCACCUGAUGAUGAUUCAUCCCCUCCACAAGUCCCAAAUGUGAGUGAAGACUCCUCACAGGCUGAUGUUCAGCACAAAUUUGAGCUGUCAGAGUCAAUGAAGGAGGAGGCCCAAGCCCUGUUCAGGAGUCAGAUGAAGGAUGGGCAGGGUGAAGAGGAUGAUGAGGAUGGUGCCAGUGAGGCUGCCAGUUUGGAGGAACCCAAAGAAGAAGAUCAGGGUGAGGGAUAUCUAUCAGAGAUGGAUAACGAACCCCCUGUGAGUGAGAGCGAUGAUGGCUUCAGUGUCCAUAAUGCACCUUUACAGUCUCACACGCUAGCCGACUCCAUCCCCAGCAGCCCAGCCUCCUCACAGUUCUCAGUGUGCAGUGAGGACCAGGAAGCAAUACAGGCCCAGAAGAUCUGGAAGAAAGCCAUCAUGUUAGUUUGGAGAGCAGCAGCUAAUCACAGGUACGCCAAUGUCUUCCUACAGCCUGUAACUGACGAUAUAGCACCAGGCUACCACAGUAUUGUGCAGAGACCAAUGGAUUUAUCUACCAUCAAAAAGAACAUUGAGAAUGGGCUGAUACGAACCACAGCUGAGUUCCAGCGUGAUAUUAUGCUGAUGUUUCAAAAUGCAGUUAUGUACAACAGCUCUGACCAUGAUGUGUACCACAUGGCUGUGGAGAUGCAGCGAGAUGUCCUGGAGCAGAUCCAGCAAUUUCUGGCCACACAACUGAUCAUGCAAACAUCGGAGUCGGGGAUCAGUGCAAAGAGCCUGCGUGGGCGAGACUCCACUCGCAAGCAAGAUGCUUCAGAGAAGGAUGGUGGCACCAGAGGGCGUCGCUGUGCCAUUGAGGCAGACAUGAAGAUGAAGAAAUGAUGCUGCAGGCAGACAGAAAAUCCCAGCACCUAGCAUCCAGAGCUGGAGUGCAAGCAAGAUGCUGUUAACAGCUGUUGGAGGAGGAAGAAAAGCUGCAGGUCCAUUUCUGGGACCUGGUCCACCUUCUUCACUUGCCCCUCUGGAAAGCAGUAUCUCAUCGGAAUGUGUAACCCAAAGAAACUUCCCUGGAGGGGAAGACUGGCCCCCCUGCCUGUUUUAGGGCAGUCGUCUUGGGCUUCAUCAGUGUUCUGGUGUUAGCUAGCAACUGGUGGCUCGUAUGUACUGUAAUGUGAAGUGUACAGAUUUUUACUAGUGAUGUGUAAAUGUGUAUGUAUAUUAAAGUCUGGG